GCCUGGUGAAGGAGGAGUUGCUCAGUGAACUACUAGUUUGAGUUCCCUGAGACGGACACCACUGACAUCACCUACAGUGCCGAGGUACAGGCUUAAUGGCAGAUAUCAAUAGGAGAUGAUGGUACGCGUCACGUCUGUUUGGUUGGACAGCCACCAAGUUGACUUGGAUGUCAGCGCCUGUUGUCAUCAGAACCUGGUUCUUGUGCUGCCACAUCAUUUUUGGUGGUGUCGCUGUCGUCACCUCCCAACGCUUGCGCUCCCCGAGUUCCCAUUCAAGAUGGUGCUGCCACGGACUUUGGCUCGUGGGGGUGCCGUCGCUACUGACAAAGCCUGUGCUCCCCGUCGUCCCUGUUGAAAUGGUGGCUGGAACUUGGAGAGGGUUUGCUGCCACAACCGGAUCCAGUGUUACAUUCCUGUGGCUUUUUGGUUGUUUCCCAAUUAUUGAAGGGAGUUGCAGGCUUAUCAUGGGCGACACAGUGCUUUGCUCGCACCUUCACGGAGUACAGCAAUGUGGGGAAGCAUGUCGAGGACAGCCUCUCUCGAUUUCUGUCCCGGGGGCGCUAUGCUCUUCCAGGACCGGUUUCCGUGAACAUAACAGCCGAGAAAACAUCUGACACCUUACAGACAUGUCAGGAAGCAAGGAAAGGUUAUUUUUUCACUCAUCGUUUACAUUUGGGUGAUUAACUUAGUCUUGAAAAAAAACACGUCAUUUUAAUGACAUUGUGAUAAAUAAAUUUUGGGUCUUUAA